AUGCCAAAACGAAAAACUUUACUCGGAAGUAGACAUCGUGUACCGGCAAAUGGCGUGAAGACUACGUCAACAUCUUGCUCAGCUCUACUCAUAGAAAACGAUCCUCGCUUCUUUGGUCACGCUAUGAGGGGACCGUCUGAUUGUCUUGCCCAAGCUGUCCUGAAGAUGCUUCCAAAUCCUAAUUGGAAAAGGCCUCCUGGUCGUAAAAGAAAGUUCUGGACGGAGGUGGUGAAAGAAGGUCUGAGAACACUUGGCGUUGACAAGCGAUUCGAUCGAGACGCGAAAUUCCUUCCGCUUGUGGAACAGCGACGGAUGGAUAGAUUCUAUACGAACUCCAGCUGA